CUUUUAGACCCAAGAACGAUUUGUUCUGUACCGUUCAUCUGUAAGCAAAUGUGGUAAUUGAAAGAUCUUUAUUCUGUGUUAAAUUCUGUGGGAAAAUGUAGGUGGAAGGCAAAGAGUGAUCAACAAAGCUAGAAUGAUAGCUACUGGUCUUUCAAACAAAAGUUCCCUGAAGCUGCUGCAGGUGAUUUUGGGUUGGUAAUGUGCAGGUUACUAGUCAGAUAAAUAGCUUGGGUUUUGCAUUUACAGUGAGGCAAUGCAGUUUGUUAAAUAAUAACUUGAAGUACAGUGUAAGAUACUGGUGUAGGUGGACACCGUUUCUUGCUUGCAGCCCAUACUGUUUGAUGCUGUUUUCCUUGCAGAUUUGAGAGAAACUAGGUCAGCCUAUAGGUUCUCAUAUAACCAGGACUUGUGUGGAAGACAUUCAGGGAGUACUUUAGUAUUAGGCUGCUGCAUUGCUGAAGUCCAUCUCCUGUUCAUCCAGUCUUCCAGACCACGUGCUCCAUGCUUUGAGACCAGGAGGACCUUGGUGUUCUGAAAUGAAGAUGGAGGCGGUGGGAAAAGCAGAAGAACUUCUUGAUUCACAAGUUCCACCAAAGACUUCUGAAAAGCAAGAGACUGUUCCUGAUGAAGAUGGACCUAUAGAACUUGAGACACACACUCAGAAAGACAAUGUGCCCAUUGCAGCAGACUCUGCAGUGCUGUCCUCAAUGCCUUGCUUACUGAUGGAACUAAGGCGAGACUCCUCAGAGUCUCAGCUAGCAUCUACGGAGAGUGAUAAGCCAAUGGGUGGUCGAGUUUAUGAGAGUGACUCUUCUAAUCAUUGCAUGCUUUCCCCUUCUUCCAGUGGGCAUUUGGCUGACUCAGAUACAUUGUCUUCCACAGAAGAGAAUGAGCCCUGUCAGGCUGAAGCUGUUGUAGAGGAAGAUCCUUCGGCAGCAUCUGGGGUUGCAACUGGGAGGAAAUCCAGGCGAUCCAGGUCUGAAAGUGAAACUUCAACAAUGGCUGCCAAGAAAAACCGACAGUCUGUUGAUAAGCAGAAUGGUCGAGUUACCAAAGUAAAAGGUCAUCGAAGCCAAAAGCACAAGGAAAGAAUCCGGCUCUUGAGACAGAAACGGGAAGCAGCUGCUCGCAAGAAGUACAACCUGCUGCAGGACAGCAGUACCAGUGAUAGUGACCUGACGUGUGAGUCGAGCACAAGCUCAUCAGAGGAUGAUGAAGAGGUUUCAGGGAGCAGCAAGACAAUCACUACAGAGAUACCAGAUGGACCUCCUGUCAUACCUCAUUAUGAUAUAUCAGACACAAAUUCAGACUCAGAAGUGGUAAAUGUGGAUAACCUGUUGGCAGCUGCAGUAGUUCAAGAGCACAGUAAUUCCUUAGGAAAUCAAGACUCAGGAUCUGCCUGGAGAACCAGAGGGCUGCUAGAUGAACUGAGUGGUGAUACAGGUCAUUUGGAUCCAGGCUUCCUUGCAAGUGAUAAAACCUCGUCUGGUAAUGUCCAGAUCAAUGAAGAAAUUCAUAUCGCCUCUUCUGAUAGCGAAGUAGAGAUUGUUGGAGUUCAAGAACAUGCCAGGUGUGUGCAUCCCAGGAGAGGCGUGAUUCAGAGUGUGUCUUCGUGGAAGCAUGGCUCAGGCUCACAGUAUAUUAACACUCAGCAAACGCAAUCAUGGACAGCUGUGACUCCCCAGCAGAAUUGGUCUUCGCCCCCUGAAGUAGUAGACCUCACUUUGGAUGAGGAUACCAGACGCAAAUAUCUACUGUAAUUCAGUGUCACCAUGUUUCUGUCCCCACCCCUUCUCCCCUUUAUGACAUAGGAAUUCAUUGUUAAAGCUUCAGCUUCAGAAGCCCUGCUUCUGGCAUUGAAAAAUCCAAACUCAUGAAAACUUCACACAAAUGUAGUAUAAUUUCAAUAUAAUUUAAAAUGGUUUCACCUUCUCCAAGGAGGAUUCCUCCCAGAAUUAAAACCAAAUAGCACCAAAUUUAAAACACAGCUACAGUACUAAUGUGUGUGUGUUAAGAUUAAGAAAUAACUGUGUGCAAACUUAAAUCCUCCCACCUUUUCCUACCUACAGCAUUAGAAUAUUUUUCAUUUAUCAGUAUAUCGAGAUUUUAUUUUUUUUUGUUAGAAGUUAGUGUUUUGCUUUGUGAGCAUCAGUGAUUUUGAGACAUGCUGUGUGUUCUCACUGAUUUUAGUGGAAUUGGGGGUAUUCAACACUUGCAAAAACUGGGCCAAGAGUAUUCACACCUAAGCUGAUUUGGUGUAUACCAGCAGGAGGGACUGUCUUUAAUACAAACGGCCCAUAACAUAUGCACUGAACAGCUUUUAAAGGACUUUUAUUUUGAAUAAUUUUUCCGUUUACACUCUUUCCAGUGCUGUCUUCUGUCUACUUGACUACUGUGUUUCGCUGAUCAUUUCCCACUGCUUAUUAUGAUUUAAAAUAGUAAUAGUAGUGAUUUAGUAGCAGCUGAUUAUUGCAAAAGCAUAGGAAAAAGUAAUAAAAAGGCCCAGCAUCUGUCUCCAUUUUAAAUAUAGCUGAACUUUUCUACCUGUAUCUGGGUCUUGCCUGGAGUAGGAGAAGGGGAGAAAUUAAACAUUUCACUCAUAGGUAUCAUUUCUGUUGUUGUUUAUUUGCUUCAUUGAGCAACAAAAUUCCAAAGCCCCAGGCUGGCAAAGCACUUUAGCAGCUGAAACUGUGGGGCCAUUUAAGUGCUUAAAACCCUGCCGUAAGCGAUCUUGCAGGAUCAGAGCCUGAGGUUGGGAUCUUUGUUUUGGGUAAUUUUGGGUUUGUUUUUUUUUUUUGGUAAACCCGUAUAUCUGCACCAUUUUCCUGGCUCUGGGCCAUGUCUCUUAUCCUAGCUUUGGGAUUGUUUUGGGGGUGUGAUCCAGGAUCCACUUGUCCACCAGAAUACUGACUGAAUUCAGUGUAACUACUUCCUUGAGUGGGCUGUGUGUAUGGGAAUUCCCGCCCCUCAUCUGUCAUUCUGAGCCUUUCUCAAGGCAAAAACCAAAGAUUAGACUAUAACAAGAUGACAUUCACUUUAAAGACUACUGUGCAAUUAAAAUGUUCCUUUGUAUUCCAAAUGUUCCUAGGGGGAAUUUUGUACAGCUCUAUCCUUGGAUUAUAUUUUUUCUUUUUGCUGUUAAGGUGGUAGUCAGGACAUAGGAAGUUGUGAUUUUCUUUUUGUGUUGGCUGGUUUCUGAAUUUACUUGACUUCCAAUAAUUGUAUCUAUAGGAAAGAAAAUUAAAUAAGGUUGCCUAUUUUUCACAUAGAGAAACAAAAAUACCCCUGUAUUGUUAGUAACAAAGAGCUUUUUCUUUAAUAAGCAGAACAGCUGUGACUGCACUUUAAAGAGCAACUAGAUUAAGGGAUUGUUAUUCUAAUUUCAAGCUUUCUAAGGCAUUGAACAUAAGUGAAUUGCAUGGCCAGAAAAUUGUGUGCUGUGUUUCUAGUGGCCAAUGUCUUCUUCUGGGGAUGAGAGGGAGGGAAGCAGCGGUGCCUGGAUGGAGCCCAUGAGGGAAGAGCCCUGUACGACUGGGGCACUGCAUUGGUUAGGGGCUGUCCAUCUUUUCUGCUCAUGUUGUAGCCAAGCGGCUGUUUUUAGCACACAUGCUGUAAAGGUAACUUCGGAACUGUGACUCGGUGUUGCUGCUUCUUCCUGUUUCACAAAGCCUUUUGAAGAUGAGUUCUGACGAAAGCUGCAGGGACCCAUUUGUAGUCCUCCCAUGGAAAAUGCAAACUAACUCCCUUGUUUUUCAGUUUGUAUAUGAUGUGACUUCCAUGUAUAUAUAUAUAUAUAAAAAUUACUGUGUCCUAACCAAACUUCCUCCAAUUGUGCACUGUGUUAGUUUAAACAAUUCAUGUAUUGUAGUCUGAUGCAGGUUUUCUUUUAUUUAAAACACUACAUGAUUUUCUCUUGUUCUUAACAGAUUUGAAAGGGUAGAGAUCUGAAAACUGCAAUCACUGGAUAGCUGCAAAGUGGGUUUGUUUUCUUGUUGUUUUGUUUAUUAUUUCUUAAGAGAGCAAAGGGUGCCUGGACGCUUUUGCUCUUCUCAGCAGGAAAGAGAAGUGUUAGCCAUUGUAUGGCUGCGAACCAGUGCACUUGAGGGCUGAUCCCAUUGGAGCUGAUGUUUUCCAUUGAUUUCAGUGUGCAUUGGCUCAAGCCCUUCAUGGCUUAGCAGUUCCUGAAAUUGCUGGAGUGUGAACUUGGAAUCUUCUAUAGUGAAGACAAAUCAUUGCUUAGGAUAUAAAUAUUUAAAAUGUGCAACUCUUAUUAAAAGAUCUGAUUCUUCUCGACACUCAUUAUUUAGUUCUCAUUUUCCAUCUAGUAUUUAAUGGUCUUUGGAGAAAAAAAAAAUAAAACAGAGUGUUAUAUAUAUAAAUAUAUAUAUUUUUGGUGCAAGAUGAGACCUUCUGUUUUUUGCAACAAGUCUGUAGCAUAAAGGUUAAACUAUUUUAAAACAAAAUAAAGUGUAUUAUUUAAACAAUA